AGGGUUCUCCUUUUGGUCACCCACCACUGGUCCAUGGCUGCUACGCAGAUGGAUCCUGAACUUGCCAAGCACCUCUUCUUUGAAGGGGCCACUGUGGUCAUCUUGAAUAUGCCCAAGGGGACAGAGUUUGGCAUUGACUACAACUCCUGGGAGGUGGGGCCCAAGUUCCGGGGUGUGAAAAUGAUCCCACCAGGCAUCCACUUCCUUCACUACAGCUCUGUGGACAAGGCCUACCCCAGGGAGGUGGGCCCUCGGAUGGGCUUCUUCCUUAGCCUGCAGCAGCGGGGGCUGAUGGUCCUGCGCUGGAACGCAGUCCUGGAAGAGGUAGACCUCUCCCCUGCCCCAGAGGCUGAGGUGGAGGCCAUGAGGGCCAACCUCCAGGAGCUGGACCCGUUCCUGGGACCUUACCCAUACGCCACGCUCAAGAAGUGGGUCUCACUCACCAGCUUCAUCACUGAGGCCACAAUGGAGAGGCUGCAGCCUGAGAGCCGGCAGAUCUGUGCCUUCUCGGAGAUGCUGCCUGUGCUCUCCAUGAGGCAUACCAAGGACCGCGUGGGGCAGAAUCUACCCCGCUGCGGCACCGAGUGCAAAAGCUACCAGGAAGGCCUGGCCCGGCUGCCUGAGAUGAAGCCCAAAGCCGGGACAGAGAUCCGCUUCUCAGAGCUGCCCACCCAGAUGUUCCCGGCAGGUGCCACGCCAGCAGAGAUAACCAGGCACAGCAUGGACCUGAGCUAUGCCCUGGAGACUGUGCUCAGCAAGCAGUUCCCCAGCAACCCCCAGGAUGUGCUCGGUGAACUUCAGUUUGCCUUUGUAUGCUUCCUGCUGGGGAAUGUGUAUGAAGCGUUUGAGCACUGGAAGCAGCUCCUGAACCUCCUGUGCCGGUCGGAGGAAGCGAUGGGGAAGCACCACGGUCUCUACGUGAACCUCAUUUCCAUCCUGUACCACCAGCUCGGCGAGAUCCCUGCCGACUUCUUUGUGGACAUUGUCUCCCAGGACAACUUCCUCACCAGCACCUUACAGGUUUUCUUUUCCUCCGCCCGCAGCAUUGCCGUGGAUGCCACCCUGAGGCGGAAAGCUGAGAAGUUCCAGGCGCACUUGACCAAGAAAUUUCGGUGGGACUUUGAGGCAGAGCCUGAGGACUGCGCCCCGGUGGUGGUGGAGCUCCCCGAGGGUGUGGAGACCGGCUAAUGGGGAACGCCCUCAGCCAGGGGAGCCCCCCUCCCACACGGCUGCAGGCCUGGCCUCUGCACCCUACCCCUCCCUACUGGGACCUGCAAAGAUCCCUCCUUCACCAGCAAAUCCGUUCCUUCCGUGCCAAAGAGGCUGUACCAUCCUGAAGGCACAUUCGUGGGUUCCCUGUCAGCCUGGCGUUGGUGCUAACCUGACUGAAUUCCCAUGGAAACUCUUGGGAGAGACCUGCCUCAACAACAGCCUGCUUCCUUCUGAAAAGAAACUGAGCUGAAAGCCCAAGAGAACUGAUGGCUGAUUCCACAGGAUGGUUAUUAAACAAGAAACCCUGGACUGCUGAGGGGUCUGAAAUAUCAGUGACUUUUUAAAAGUUAAACAGGGCAGUAGGGAGAUGAGCCAGAAUUUCUGCCUGCCCCUUGUUGAAUGGGAAUACAUCACAGAACACGUGGGCAUGUGACUGCUCAAGAGCCCCGGAUUGGGAGGGGCGUAACACAGAAGACAGUUGAGUUGAGUGUGACAAGUCAUCAGUUUUUGCUUUGUCCAUCUAAGUCCCUUUCUCCUCCUGUCCAGAGGUCCCAGUGGGUAAUCUUCCAAGAUUGUUGUGACCCCUGACCCCAGGGGCCCUGCUGGUGCCACGCCUCUCCCAUCUGUUCCAUUCUGAGGCCUCAGACCCAGAAGUGGGACUAGGCAACCCUCCUGUACGGCCCCUUUCCUCGCCAGAGCCGCCAUGACAGUUUCUGAUGACCUGGAGAUUCAACCACAAAGAGAAAGGUUCUUGCUCCGGACAGGCUUCUUUGGCCCUGUGGGAGUUCAGAGCUCUAGAGAUGCCCGGUAAGCUUAGUUCUUUCCAGUCCUGCGGUGGUGCUGUCGGCCACAGGGGUAUUGACACCCCAGUUUCCUGGGGGUCCUAAGGGGUGCCCAUUCUGCACACAGGCCUUGCCACCCUGACUUCAAGCUGUUGUACUAUGAUCACAGCCCACGUGCUGUUCUUUCCCAAGGCUAUGGCUCACACCAGGUUUCUGAAUGAGAAUUCCUGCUGGUUAAGACUUUGGUCACUUGUUUCCUUGGAGAUGGUUUUUCAAGAGCGUAAUGCGCAUUAAAGUCUUUGAGUUGAGACCAAA